GAGAAAAGAAAAAGAAAAAAAGAGAGAAUAAGGUAGAAGAUGAAGCUGCUGCAGGAGGGUGUGUUCUUGGUUGCUAUUUUCUUCUUUGCAUAUACGCAGCAGCUGGUGAAGGGGCAACAUCAACCUCGCAAGGAUUGCCAAACUAAAUGUGGCAACAUCACAAUCGACUACCCUUUUGGCAUUUCUUCAGGUUGUUACUAUCCCGGAGAUGACAGUUUUAAUCUCACCUGCGACGAGAAACAGAAUCUCUACAUAGGCAACAACACUGAAGUGAAAACUUUUAACCACAGUAGCCAGCUAAGUGUUAUGUUUAACCGAUUCUCUUUUUGCAACGACGAGCAGAGGAAUAGUACUAAUGAAACUCUCAUCGGGUAUCGGCUGGGUAGUAGUUUCUCUCUCUCGGCCACCAACAAGUUUUAUUUAGUAGGCUGUAACGCUUUGGCACUUCUAAGCACUUUUGGCAAGCAAAAUUACUCAACUGGAUGCCUGUCAUUAUGCAAUGCACCACCGGUGGAAAAUGGAGAAUGUAAUGGUGUAGGUUGCUGCAGAACAGACGUUACUGUCCGGUCGGAUAGCAAUAUAUUCCAAUAUGGCUCAGAUCGCUUCGUGAACCAAUUUAAUGCUUCCGAAGGUCAAUUUAAAACUUCUGUAUAUCAGUUUAAUCCUUGCACCUACGCAUUUCUCGUUGAGAACGGUCAGUUUAACUUCAGUUCUUCGAAAGAUCUGAAGAACCUCCGGAAUCUCACGAGUUUCCCUGUGUCACUGGAUUGGUCUAUUGGAAACAAGACAUGCAAGCAAGCAGGAAGCACAAGCAUAUGCCGUGAGAAUAGUGGAUGUAUUGAUUCUACUCGUGGAAAGGGUUAUAACUGCAAAUGCUUAGAAGGUUUUGAUGGGAAUCCAUACCUUCCAAACGGUUGUCAAGACAUCAACGAGUGUACUACUAAUAGCAGUACCCAUAAACAUAAUUGUACGGAUCCCAAAACCUGUAGACUCAAGGAUGGUGGAGGCUUCUAUUGCAAGUGCCCAUCUGGUUACGACUUAACUGCCACUAUGAACUCCACUAUGAGCUGCACGAGGCCUGAAUACUUAAGAUGGACUCAAAUUUUACUUGGAACCACCAUCGGCUUCUUGGUCCUCCUGAUUGCCGUUAGCUGUAUACAACAUACAACGAAGCACCGAAAGGAAACCAAGCUCCGACAACAAUUCUUCGAGCAAAAUGGCGGCGGCAUGUUAAUACAUCGAAUCUCAGUAGCAGGGUCAUCAAAUGUUGAUGUCAAAAUCUUUACCGAGGAAGGCAUGAAGGAAGCAACCAAUGGUUAUGAAGAGAGCAGGAUCCUGGGUCAGGGAGCCCAAGGAACAGUCUACAAAGGUAUAUUACCGGACAAAUCCAUCGUUGCUAUAAAGAAAGCUCGGCUUGGAGACAGUAGCCAAGUAGAGCAGUUCAUCAACGAAGUGCUAGUGCUUUCACAAAUCAACCAUAGGAACGUGGUCAAGCUCUUGGGGUGUUGUUUAGAGACUGAAGUUCCAUUGUUAGUCUAUGAGUUCAUUCCCAGUGGGACUCUUUUCGAUCACUUGCACGACUCCAUUUUUAAUUCUUCUCUAACAUGGGAACACCGUCUGAGAAUAGCCAUAGAAGUUGCUGGAACUCUUGCAUAUCUUCACUCCUCUGCUUCUAUUCCAAUCAUCCACCGAGAUGUCAAGACUGCUAAUAUCCUACUAGAUGAUAACUUAACUGCAAAAGUAGCUGACUUUGGUGCUUCAAGGCUGAUACCGAUGGAUAAAGAGCAGCUCACAACUAUGGUGCAAGGCACUCUAGGUUACUUAGACCCAGAGUACUACACCACAGGGUUACUAAACGAAAAGAGCGAUGUUUAUAGCUUCGGGGUAGUCCUCAUGGAACUGAUCUCAGGUCAAAAGGCAAUGUGCUUUGAUCGGCCACAGCAGUCAAAACAUCUGGUGAGUUACUUUGCUUCUGCCACGAAAGAGAAUAGGUUGCAUGAGGUUAUUGAUGGGAAAGUGAUGAAGGAGGACAAUCAGAGGGAAGAGAUCAAGAAAGCUGCAAGAAUUGCUGUUGAGUGUACAAGACUGAUGGGAGAGGAAAGGCCAAGGAUGAAAGAAGUAGCUGCGGAGCUAGAGGCUUUGACAGUCAAAACAACCAAACAUAAGUGGUCGAAUGAACAGUUGAUGAGUGGUCACAUAUUGUCUGCACAAGGCGAUACCAGUAGCCGUGGUUAUGACAGCAUCAACAAUGUAGCAAGGUUUGACAUUGAAGCUGGCCGCUGAUCAAAUCACAUGUAUAUCUUUUGUUUGUGAAUAGUGCUUAUCUCUUUUUUCUUUUA